AUGCCACCAAGCCACCAAUGCCACAUCUGUGGGCAGAGUUUUUGGCGCCAGUGGAACCUUAGGCGACAUGAGGAAACACACGAAAAAGAAAGAGAGAAAUACAGGUGUCCUCAAUGCCCAGAUGCAUUCAUCCGAUUCGAAGAUCUGAGGAAGCACACCUGGGUUUCUCACAUGCCUGGAAGUGUCCGGAGAGAGGAGAAAGAUGGAAGACCAGAGGAGAGGAGUAGAGAAGAACCGGCAGAGGGGGAAGGAGGAAACUGGAGAAGAACAGGAGGGAAGGACCGGCAGAGAAGGAAGGAGGAAGACCAGAGAAGAAGAGGAGAGAAGGACCGGCAGAGAGGGAACGAGGAAGACCGGAGAAGAGGAGGAGAGAAGGACAAGCAGAGAAGGAAGGAGGAAGACCACAGGAGAGGAGGAGGGAAGGACCAGCAGAGAAGAAAGGAGAGAAACCGGUGGAGAAAAGGAGAGAAGGACCAGCAGAGAAGGAAGGAGGAAGACCAGAGGAGAGGGGGAGGGAAGUACCAGCAGAGAGGAAAGGAGGAGAACCAGUGGAGAAAAGGAGAGAAGGACCAGCAGAGAAGAAAGGAGGAGAACCGGUGGAGAAAAGGAGAGAAGGACCAGCAGAGGAGAAAGAAGGAAGACCGGAGGAAGGUGAGGAGAUGGAGGAUCUUGAGACGGUUUACCACGCCAACAUCUCCUUGA